AUGAUCUGCGAAGUAUUGAUCAUGGUGCAGGUUAGUAUAUAUCGCCAGCCAGGUCUGACACUGGACACUGAUAUGAAGAUAGACAAAAAGAAAGUUCUUCGGCGUAGUCUCUUGCAGUACCCAGGCAUAACCCCCUACACAACCUUCAAAAUCGAAAUACUACAUCUAAGCAAACAAGUAAUCUAA